UCAGUCAUCGGAAAUAGCACUGCUUGUUCAACUUCAUCGCUCGAUACACUGGUCAUCUAGCCUCAUCACCCCUCCGGAGAGUUACGAGUGCCGAAUAGACGUCGUUUGAAGCUCGUGCACAUUCUACGCUAGUGUUGCAGGCUCACACAAAUUUGAGGGAGGGUACGUCUAAAGCUAUCAUGAUCAUUGGGUGACGUCGGGGAAUCUAAGAUAUAUUACAUCGCUGAGGUGUCCAUGGCUAAUGCACUUGCUAUUUCACUGCUGGUGUUGGGGCACGGGUCUUUUGACCAGCUGUCGCCUCAGCGGAAAGGAGCUGGAAUUCGUGCGCUAGAUGCUCCUGAGCGAAGUUCUGACUUUGGGAACGUCAAAGGCUUGUCUCUCGCGGAACCUGCAUUUGCUCUGAUCUCGAGAUCUUGCAGAGCUAAUUUUGCCAUUUCGAGCUCUGGGCUCAU